AGCAAUAGCGGCUCCCAGCACUUUGCGGGAUUCUGUGACGAGGGUGUCUUCCUCGCGGAGAGCCAUGAAGACGGUUCUCUCGCCGCUCUGUCCCCCAGGCCCAAAGCCCCAGAAGCGCCGACCCAGACCAGCAGAGGCGAUCAGCUCAGUGAGUCCAGCGACGAAUGAGCUUCCGGGGUCCUUCAGUCCCGAUAAGCAGCCAGUGCGUGCCACGCGUGCUUCGCCCAAGGUCGAUGUGGUCGAUGCUCCCGACCUGACGUCACCGUCAGCGAAGCCUGUGGCAGUCAGAGGAGCUUGUAGCGAUCAGGUGGAUGAAGAAGUAUCAGAUCUUUCGUUGGUGGUGCUUUCAUCCAGUGGCCGUGAGAAAAACAAGGUGCGCUUCAUGGUGGAUCCACCAGAUGCUGAGCCAGUGCUCCUGACCUUGGCCGAGUUGGGCCGGCGACAUCAACAGAAGUUUGAAGCGCGAGGUGUACACUACUGAGUCAUCAAAGGAGGUCUGACUCGGAGAACGAACGUCUGAGGAGGUCUACCGUAGCGGAAAGACUGAGAAGAGGAGAAAAACAACGAUCCUGGACUGGAGAAGUGUUCAUUUGUGUGUGUUUUUUUUGCGUGUUGUUUGUUAUUUUAAGACCAACAUUUAUAGAAUUUGUGCGAUGUAAUGUAUAUGUGUUUAUUUGUGGGUGGAUUUGUGUCAGUGCACUGCCAGAUUUCAGCUUUGGAUUUUGUAUGCUCAGGUGUGACGACAUCUUGGCCAAGGAAGAAUCAUUUGCUGAUGAGUUGUGUUUUAAGAUGUUUCAAUUUGUGUUUUAAUUUGUUAUUUUUGAAUAUUGUUGAUCGUAUUUAUACAGAGGAUAGCCAGUGUGAACAUGUCAACAGGGCCAACCAGCAAGUCUUCUUUAGUCACAGGCCACAGCCAACUUGACACCUUAUGAAAAUAGGGCUGAUUCCAGAGUUUCUCGCGGUGAAUAAACCCUGUUGGUUAUGUGAUGUGUUGUUUCAAGAAAAGACCUCUAUACAAUGCAUGGGAUGACUUUGAACUGUUUGGCGAAACAUGUGCCUUGGGC